GGGAUUUAAACUUUCCCGCAAUCAGGAUGAGUGUCAGGAAGAGCAUCCCAGUGGAUUUACACACAAGGCCUGUGGAUUUAAAUCAUGUUGUUAAUCUAUUGGAAGAUCGAUUCUCAUGCAACCUUGUUGAUAGACAUCUGCAUGCUUUGAAGAGGGUGGUGAAACAUUAUCAGUUUGGUUUUCCAAUUAAAGACUUGGUCCAAGUCUUUAAAAUUCUUAAUCUUUGUGCAGAAAAAGUAAGAGAUCAGGAUGCCUACAUACAGCCAAUAUGUGAAGUCCUCAAGUUGUGUGGCUUACCUUUUCUAAAGGAGAAGUCAUCUGAUGAGUCUAACUUUGCCCAAGUUGUAUCUGAGUCUAUUUCGCAAAUGGGUUACUUACUGAGAGUACCCAGUGCAGAGGUCCGAUUACAAAUCUGUGACUCUAUAAUGAGACUGUAUUCCAAAGAACCACCCAAACAGGAAUUUGAAGAAUAUUAUCCAACGAGUAAGAGCUACAAUAUGCAAAUGAUUGAAGAGAGUGGCGUGGUAGAAACCCUGAUCAUGGGCCUUACUCUAGUUGGAAGCCAACCAGAGGUAAAGUUACAGAUAAUCCAGACCUUGCAGUGUCUUUCGUAUUCAUCUGCUAUGAACUGUAACCUGAUGUUGAAUGCACAGGCAGCAAGUAAAAUAUGCCGCAGCCUAAAUGAUCCAGAUCCAUCCGGCCAACUUUUGUUUUGGUCAUCAGAGGUCCUCUGGAACUUACUGGAACAGGCCUCUAAGAAGGAACUUGUUAAUCAGCUGAGCAAUUUUGAAUGUAUCAACGCAUUGAAAGAAGCCUUUUUGAACCAAAUGGUAAAUGGUUAUUCCCUUUCUGAUCGUCAGCUGCGAAAUGACUUGCUGGUAAUAACUACAAGUCUAGCAGAACAUCCCAUGAUUCCAAUGAUUGAAACUGGCUUUACUAAGCUCCUGAUAAUGUUUGCUGCAUUCCCUGAAGUGAAGAGUCAUAACCCACUUGUUCAUGGCCUUAAAAUUUCCAGCAGCAAUGAAGACUUUGAAAUGAAAAAAUUAUUCUUCAACUUGCUUGUUGCUUUGAUUAAUGAUCUUGCUUCUAUACAGCUACUCAGUGAAGGGGGAGCACUAUUGGCACUAUUUCAUUAUGUUAAACCAAAUGAGAAUCCUGGAGUUCGGUAUUGGUCUCCUGCCCAGUUUGAAGAGCUUCAGCUUCAUGCCUUAGCUACUUUGAUCUCAGUGGCUCCAGUCAUGGUGGAUGAUUACAUGAACUGUCAAGGGAAUACCCGUUUGCUGCUUCUGUUGGACUGGUGUGUAAAUCAAGAUCCAUACUUUGGCAAAGGCAAUUCAUUCCAUGCUGCUGGUGGCCGUGGCAGUAAGAAAGCUCAAAAGCACUACUGUCUAAGACUUCUGAGAUCUAUGGCAUCCCUUGGUGAAGAAUUGAUAAACCAAAACCUAUAUGACCAAGGAGUAAUUCCUCAACUUCUAGAUGUUUUGAAAGGCAUGACAAACAGCUUGGAAGAAGAAACCAAAAUUAAUUUGGAUAUGCAAACUGACAUCCUCAUCAUCUUGUCCAGCAUCUGUGAACAUGAUAUUCAUAGAAAGGAACUCUUUGGUGCCUUUGGAGUAGAAAUUGUCAUAAAGCUGUUAAAGAUUGAUCCAACUAAGUUCUACAGCGGCAUUGGUCACAACAGGCUUUUACUGUCCACAGUAGACUGUAUCUGGUGCUGCAUUGUUGGAUGCUCUACGGCUGAGGACAGCUUCCUUGAAAUGGGAGGCAUUUUUCUUCUCCUAGAUUUUCUUGAAGCAAGUUCAAAGCGCAUGCACAAUUUGAUACUUGGGACCUUACUUGAGUUAUGUGACAACUCCAAAACAAUCCAUCACAUAAAUGUGUGGCGUGGAAAAAAUGAUUCUACUGCAGCUAGCCUCCUACUAUAUCUUUGGAGGGAAGAGGAGAAAGAAAUGCGAGUCAAGCGAGAUGCACAGGGGAGGAUUUUAGAUGCCAAAAAGCCUCUGAUUGGGAUUAUGCAGGAUGAAUACGGAAUAACCACUUUACCAGCCAAUUGUCUCAGUCCUGCAGUAAUUGAUGUUUCCGAAAAUUCAAGGGUGAAAAUUUAUUCAAUUUUCUGUAAAUUAGGUUUUGAAGAUCUACCCGGUUUGUCCGCGUAUGAUUACAUCACACUUGCCAUUGUACACCGAUACCUGGACUUCAAGGUGGGAGGCGUAUGGAAUGAAAUUGAAAAGGAAUUUAAGCAGGAAGCAGUCCAUCCCAUUAAUCCAGACCUUGAAAGCAUGCAUAUUAUUACGAAGCACUAUGAGAAUCUUGGCAGGCAGUUAGCUCAGCAUCAAACUGAUAUACUUGAAAACCAACAAAAGCAGAUUCUAUAUGAUGAACAACAAAUGUAUGCAGAGAUAAAACACAACCACAAACAAAGAGAAUUAUCCAAGAAGUCAUGGCAGAAGUAUGUGGCUAGGACAUCAAACCAUAAAAUCUUGAAGGAAGCUAAAAAACAUCAAGAACACACCAUAGAAUCUUCCAAACUCAAGAAGAAAGGCCUGAACAUCAAUGUCCGUACGACUCAAAUUGGAGGUUUAUACACAACUGGUUUUUGGGGACGUUUGGUGACGAUAGAAAGCACACCGCCGGAGUUACUAGGAGGUCCAUUAUCGCCUGUAAAUCUUAAAAUAAAGGGAACUUGCAGAAAUGGUGCAGCAAUGAAAAGUGCAGAUGCUGGAAAUGAAAUUAAAAACAAGUCAUGUUCUGUAUCUAUAAAAUGA